AUGUCGUCCAUCCCAUCUACCGACGCUGAAUGGGCCGUGGCGAUCGCAUUGUUGAAGGACCGCGGGCCGGCAAGGCCGCUGUCGCCGCCUGCAUGCCCUCUGGGAAUCCCGGCCAUGAUCGACCACACCCUAUUGAAAGAGCCCAUCAAGCCAGAACAAAUCGAUACGCUUUGCCAGGAAGCUCGCGACAACGGCUUUGCGACUGUCUGCGUUCGACUGGGGUUCGUGGCCCAAGCUGCCGCCAACCUCAAGGACAAACCGAAUGUGGGGGUAGCCUGUGUGGUGGGGUUCCCCGAGGGCACCCACGAUACGUCAGAUAAAGUGAAAGAAGCACGCGAAGCAGUCGAACAAGGCGCGAACGAGCUGGACAUGGUCAUCAAUUACCCGAAGUUGAAGAAUGCCGAAUACACGGCCGUCUAUGACGACAUCCUAGCGGUGCGCAAAGCCGCGCCCGCGCCCAUUCUCCUGAAAGCGAUUAUCGAAGCAUCCGAGCUCGACAGGGACGAAAUCAUUGCUGCUACUAUUAUAAGUUGCAUGGCUGGUGUCGACUUUGUGAAGACUAGUACUGGGUAUAAGGGUCCUGCGACUAUCGAACAUAUCACGACGAUGCGAAUCGCCACUCAGGCGGCUGGUUACUCCAGUGUUGGGAUCAAGGCUAGCGGUGGAAUUCGUAAUGCGACGGAUAGCCUGAAGAUGGUGAAAGCUGGCGCAACGAGGAUUGGAGCCAGUGCGGGAGUCCAAAUAGUGCACGAGCUUGAGGAUGGAGAGCUUCUCGAGCAAGGCGCUAGUCAUGCUGUUUACUGA